GCGCGGUCAUGGCGGAGCUGACGGACGCGGAGCUCCGCAAGGAGCUGCUGGCGCUCGGCUACCGCCCGGGGCCCAUCACCGCCACCACCCGCAAGGUCUACAUCAAGAAGCUGGGCUGCCUGCGGGCCGAGGUGGCGGCGGCCCGGCGCAGCGGCCGCACUGCGCCGCCCAGCCCGGGCCGCUCCUCCGCAGGGCCGCCGCAGGCCUCGCCCUCGCGGCAGCCCUCCGGCUUCACCAGCGGGGCCGCCCGUGAGAGUGAGGAGGAGGACGAGGAGGAGGAAGAGGAGGAGGAAGUGGGGCGGCCGCCCGCGUCCCGCUGGGGGACGUUGGGGGAGAGCGGCGGGCAGGCCUGGGGGGACCCCCGGGGGUCCCCGCCGGGCCGGGGCGGAGGCAGAGGUGGCGGUGGGCUGGGGGCAUCCCUGGCUGGGCACGGGGGGUUGAGUUCCCCCUCGCAGUGGGACACGUCCAUAGAGAGGAGCGGGGGCCUUGGGCUGGACAGGGCCGGGGAGCUGAGCUCUGCGUCCCAUUGGGAGACAUCCAGAGAUGUUGCAGAGCACGGCCGGGGGCUCAGCCAGGGGCUGGGGGCGACCCUUGAUGGGUUUCGGGGCUCCUCAUUGCAGUGGGGCGCCUCAGAGAGGAGUGGGGGGCUCAGCAGUGGCCUGAGACCGACCCUGGACAGGUUUCGGGGGUCAAACUCCGCAUCCCAGUGGAGCCCCUCAGCAGAGAGGAGCGGGGGGCUCGGCAGCCGGGCUGGCUCGGGGUUGGAUGGUGUUGGGGGACUGAGCUCCACGCCCUACUGGGCCUCCUCAGCAGGCUCCAAACCCCUUCCCAGCGAGGAGGAGUCCAGGAGCCACUGGGGGACAUCAGGAGGGGGAAUCAGGGCACAGAGCUCCCGAGCUGCCUGGGACACGGCGGGGGAGAGGAGGGGGCUCUCCUCCAACAUGUGGUGGAGACGGGAGAGCGAAGUGACCCCCAGCACCCAGUGGGUCUCCUCAGCGGCCCCCGGGAGGUUCAGCAGCCUAUUCAGGAGAGGGAAGGAGGACCUGGCUUCCAGCGUUGGGAAGGAGGCAGAGCGGGAUGCGGGCAGCCGGGCUGGGGGGCUGAUCCGGCGCUUCCCGUGGCGGGCAGUUGGCGAUGGGGGGCAUGGAGUGACCCCACGCACGGCCCUCCUGCGCUCAGCGCCGAGGCAGCAGCCGGAGGGGAAGGGGAAGGGCCUGGAGUAUUACCUGUCCCAGUUCCUCUGCCUCGCCACCUUGGUGCUGCUCCUGAUUUUUCUGGGGAUCCUCGUGGUGAAGAUGGUUGGGUCAGGCUGGCUGGACGGGAGCGAGGAGAGCUUUAAUCUCUUGCCUGUGGAUUGUGACAAAAGCACGGAUGAGUUCUGUCAGGCCAAGCACAAGGAUGUGACCAUGGCCGUGCUGCACGAGCUCUACAAUUACCUGUCUGUGCAGGCAGGUAAUUUUGAAUGUGGAAACCCUGAGAACUUAAAAAGCAAAUGCAUUUGGGUUAGUGAGGUGAAGGAUCACGUGCUGAAUGUAACUGGCAGUUCCUCACAGAAGUUUGAAGCUGCCCUGCACUGGAUACUGAACAGCAACAAGGAUUUGGGAAUUUGGUUGAAAGGCAGGGACCUGUCAGAGCCGGUUUCCAGCGUGGAGGAAGUGUUCUGCCUGGAAUCUGCCCACCCCCAGAUGGGGCUGGGCUGCCGCUUCCGCCGGGCCGUGGUCACGGCCAUCAGGAACCUCUUCCUCUUCUUCUGGAGUCUGAUAACCCUUUGGGGGAUCCUGCUCUACCUCCGGUAUCGCUGGCGGAAGAUGGAGGAGGAGGAACAAGCCAUGUAUGAAAUGGUGAAGAAGAUCAUAGCUGUUGUCCAGGACCACUACAAGGAAUGGGAGCGGAAUUUGGAGCGUUACCCCUACGUUGGCAUCUUCCACGUCCGGGAUAGCCUGAUCCCUCCUCAGAGCAGAAAAAAGAUGAAGCGGGUGUGGGAGAGAGCCGUGGAUUUCCUGGCCUCCAACGAGUCCCGGAUCCAGACAGAAUCCCACAGGGUGGCAGGGGAGGACAUGCUGGUGUGGAGAUGGACUCAGCCCUCGUACCUGUCAGACUCGGAGCACUGAGGCAGCAGGAGGAGCAGCCGUGGAUCUGGGUGGGGACAUGGACCCUGUGCAGGGCUCAGGCCCCUCGCUGCUGGGGGAGGAGCAGGGCCUGGCCCCAGGGUUGGGGGUUGCACGGCUCUGUUUGCUCUCACUGCUGAAAUUCUCCAAACACACACGUUCAGGGCAAUAUUGGCUUGGAAAGAAGAAGGGCUUGAGCUGGUGGGAAGCUGGAAUUGCACCAAAGUGAGCCUUCCACAGAGACCUGGCUCCCGUGGCAAGCAAAGAAUACACAAAGAAUACAAAGAAUAAACUGCACAGCCCUCUCGAGGGCUGGGGUGCUCUGCCAGAGCCUGGGGGUGCAAAAUCUGACCUCAGUUCUGCAAAGGCCAACUGGUGGCAGAGUCCAUCAAGGAAUGUGCUGAAAGAUACCAUUUCCCAUGGAAACAUUUGGGUGGCAGUGCAGGCGUGUCUUUGUUUGCGUUUGUUUUUAUCAGUGCAAAGACAGUGAGGAAGCACUUGCUGCUUCCCAGCAAGGAGAA